CGCUCCUCGUUUAUCUCCACACUGACGUACUUUUGUCGUCGACUACAAGCGAAGUCACUUUACUUAAGAAAAAGACACUUUCCAGAGUCACCGUCUCCACCAUGGCCAGUUACAUUCACGUCCCAGACGAGGCUCCUCUCGUGCCCAAAAUAGACGUGUCGGUGGACGAGAGCGACUGCAGAGCCGGCGCGCUGCGGCUCAUGAAGGCGCUGCGGCCGGGCUGGAAGCCGUCCGAGGUCAAAAUCAAGCUUUUCACUGACGGAAUAACCAAUAAGCUACUUGGCUGCUACGUGGGUCCCGUCAUGCAGGAUGUGGUCUUGGUCCGAAUUUAUGGCAACAAAACGGAACUGUUGGUUGACCGGGAAAAUGAGGUGAAGAGUUUCAGAGUGCUACAUGCACAUCGCUGCGCUCCACGCCUCUACUGCACCUUCAACAAUGGCCUCUGCUACGAGUUUCUGCAAGGGACUGCCCUGGAGCCCGAGGACAUUCGCAGCCAACCUGUUUUCAGACUCAUUGCCAGGCAGCUGGCCAAAUAUCACGCCAUCCAUGCCCAUAAUGGCUGGGUACCCCAGUCUGACUUGUGGCUGAAGCUGGGCAAGUACUUUGCACUCAUCUCCCAGUACUUCAAGGACCCUGAAAGUGGCAGGUUGAGUAAGCAGGUUCCCAACCUGCGACACCUCCGAAAUGAAUUGCUGUGGCUCCAGCAGAACUUGUCUUUGCUGGGCUCUCCUGUAGUUCUCUGCCACAAUGACCUCUUGUGCAAAAACAUCAUCUUUAACCAGAGGGAAGGGAGCGUAAAGUUCAUUGACUACGAGUAUGCUGGCUACAAUUAUCAAGCCUAUGACAUUGGGAAUCAUUUCAACGAGUUUGCUGGUCUGAAUGAAGUGGACUACAGCCACUACCCGACCCGAGACUUCCAGCUGCAGUGGCUUCGCUCCUAUCUGGAGGCGUACAAGGAGCACAAAGGCCAGGGCGAUGCAGUCACUGACGAAGAGGUGGAGACUCUCUACGUCCAAGUCAAUCAGUUUGCCUUGGCAUCUCAUUUCUUCUGGGGUCUCUGGGCUCUGAUUCAGGCCAAAGUCUCCACCAUCAGCUUUGACUUCCUGGGAUAUGCAGUCCUGCGCUUCAACCAGUACUUCAAGAUGAAACCAGAGGCGACUGCCCUGAGCUUACCCAAAUAAAGCCCUCCCCCUGCCCAUCGCCCACCCCCUCAUCUUCUCAUCACACUGCCCUGCCCCUGAAGUGGUGACUGCAGGCUGCCCUCUGCAGGCUGGUUGUGAGAGGAGCUAGACAUGAGAGUAAUUUUCCCACAGGUCCCCAGCGUCUUUAUCUGCAAAGACUAACCGGACCACAGCCGAUCACGAGCAGACGCCUCUAACCCGGAAACGUGCACUAACGGUGUGUAUGAAGGGCGGCUUUCACACCCGUCAUAAUGUGAAGUCCUCUCGGCUGAUGUUGUUGGUCAUUUGUGUUUUGAAUAAUGCCAGCAUACUGUAUCAGAGCGUAAACUGUGAGUUGGGACGUCGGCCCGUCGACAACAAAUCCAGGACACCCAGCAGCACGUCUGCUGGGUGACGCAAACACUAAUCUGAUGUCCUCAAAUUUACAUUCAUGGGGAGCCAGCCAGUCAAAGACCAAAUUUGUGGCGUCAUGAAGCGGUACAAAGCCUGCUUUGAUGAGGGGGGCGGAGAAAACGCCACAAAGAUGCCCGUGCUGUCCUUGAGUCCCAUGUGAUACAAGCUCCACCAUGCCAAAAGCUUGUUUCCUGCCUUGUGACCCUGUUCUCAUCCUUUAUUUUGCCCAGUAUACUCUGUAUGCAUGGAUGCUCCACCAGAACAGCCAUGUAGACAUCGUUGCUGUGUAGUGGAGUGAGGGGCCUUUUUUUGUGUUUUGGGUUAUGAAAGUAGAAAUGUGGAGAUGCAGGAGCGCGUCUUGUUUCCUUCUAACCUCUGUGUAUCACUGGAAAGCCAUUUGACUUGAGGGUUUUCACUUUAAUGUUCAUGUUUGCUUUGACACGUGGACUUUGUCUGAAUGUUAACUGAGGAUAGCGACGCAUUUCACUGAUAUUUGAACAUUCCAUGUUCAUGAUAAUGUGCAUUAAACUGGGUGGCGCUCGCGUGCGAGGUCAUCAGCGACACCGGCUGCAAGCAACGCUUUUCCAAACGAGACCAAACGUUGCGUUGUCUCGUCCAAGUCAGCUAAGAUCGACUAAGAGCUGCAGUUCACUCCUGAUGACCCGAGGACUGACCAACUUAUUAACUUUAUAUUGAUAAACCACUGUAAACUUGCAUUUUAAGUGUUGAAUGUUGAAACGAUGGUCUGUAGAAAGUUUUGGAAAUAUGGUUUAAUGAAGAAGGAAAACUGGACGUCUCUGUUUAAGUGUCAGCUGUUAGUUGUUACGAAAGAACAACUGUAUUUUAUCUCAACCCUCGUUUUUAAAAAGUGAGUUAUUUUUUUAAAAGGAGCCAUUGAAAGUCACAAAGUAAAACUUAUGAUGAAGGCUUGUUAUACAACCAAAGUUCUGGCGUGUUCAGUCUUAUUGUUGUGUAGCUCGGAGAACUGAAUUUUAUUCGUACAGAGUUGAUGGUCUUUGAGUGUGUGGGUGUUUGCUAACAACAAACAGCUAAAAUGACGACUAAUGAUGCAAAACAAAAACGCAUCUGCAAAUAUCCAGGAGUUUUAAUCUGUCUGUGUUUUUUAUACACAAAGCAGCACAAAGAAGUUUUGAAGCAGGUUCAUUUGAAGGAAUAUUUGCUCCUUUUCGUAAACGCCGUCUCCUCGUCCCCCGUCCCGACUGUUGGCAAAAACCGCUGAAAGUAACUUGCCACUCCCGUCCUCGUCUCUUGCAGCAAUUACUCAUGGUUUUAAAGCAUUAGGCAACACAAUGAUAAAAUGAGUUGAGAGCUACAGUGGACGUCACAUCGGAGGCAACUCCAAGAAUCAAGUGGUGAUUAAAGAAACUGAGCGAGCAGGAGAGCAAACGAGUAGCUGAAGGCAGCGUGGCCUCCACGCCUACAGGGGGAGCCGCUGAGCUAAGACACAAGUUCCUUUGUGCUGCUUUUUAAAGUAACAAGGUUUUGCAGUUCAAACACUAUUAUCUGUAAUUUCAUGUCGGUGAAUAAAGGAUUAAAAACCUGUUUAAGUUGGCCCUAAUAUAAAUUAAAAGUCUCCGUCUAUAUCAGAUGGGUGUUCAAGAUGUGAGGUUUUGAUUAAGUUGCUGAUUUUAAAGACGUGAAAGAGGAAUGUUUUUGAAGGGAUGUGUGGAUUUUAAUUGGGGUGUACAGUUAAGAGUAUCAGACCACGUUUACUUAAUAUCUGCAGUUGUGUAGUUUCACAAAAGACACAUUUAAAUACUUACCUUCAACUGAACUGUAAUAUGUUGGUGAAACAUUUCAUUUCCACCCAUCUGGAUUAAAUAAUGCAUUUUCACUGUAGACAGUAUCAAGGGUUCUUCGGUCCUUCACACUAAAGGCACCACGACUUAAUGUUUAUAUUUAACUUUGUUAAAGGAAAUGUGUGUCCUCGACUCUCUGCCGCUGUAACAUAUGUUUAUAUGUACAGUAAGCAAUUGUAAAGUCUUUCCUUGCUCUGAUAUGUGAAUUAAUGUACAUAGAGGGAGGCCUUUUUAUUAUUAUUUUCUAAAGUUGCAUUAAAGUGAAUGCCUGGUGUAAAAGAUUAAAUUGCUUUGCAAAAUAAAAGUAAAUAUGCUUUGAAA